AUUCAACCUUGAAAUAGGCGGAGACAAGUGUGUUUUUGUGUUGGGUGGGUAAUGGUGUGGGUAAUGGUGUUAUUUCCGUUAUUUCUCUCGACGUGUGUUUAGGUCAAGGCGUUUGGGUGAUUCAUUUGGCGCUGCGGAAGUCAUAUAACUUUUUUUACUGAUGCGUAUUUCACGAUGACUUGAAGGAAUGUCAAUCGUCGUGAGGGGCUGAGGAGUGAGGACUAGAGCAAUCCACAUCAUCAAUUUAGUUUAUUGCAUCUGAUUCUGAUUCUGUGAGGAGACUCCAGUGAGUGGGCUCACCAGUAUGGAGGAAAGUGAGGAGACCUUGCUGCGGGAGUGUCGCCUUGGCAAUGUGGAGGAGGUGCAGACCCUGCUGGAGGCUAGAGCGACUGACCCAGACUCGCUCGAUAUCAACUGCAAAGGUCGGAGCAAGCAUUUUCUGGACCAGACGGCUCUGCACCUGGCCACCUACUUCGGCCACACUCGUGUGGUGGAACUACUUCUGGAGCAUGGAGCGGACAUCAACGCAGUCAACCAGUGCGGGGACACGCCGCUGCACAAGGCCGCCCAUAUCGGACACGAGGAGCUGGUGCUCCUGCUUCUGAAGCACGGUGCCUCUGUCAGCGUGGUGAACGGCGACGGCCGGCUGGCGGCGGCCGUCUCCUCCGACCCGUACAUCAGCAGUCUGCUGCGGGCGGCGGCCGGCACCGAGCGGCGCCUGAGGCAGCAGCGGCUGCUGCGCGCCGCUAGCGACGGACUCACCACCACCGUCGACAGGAUGCUGAAGGAGCCUCAGCCGCCCAACAUUAACUGCCAGGACGACCAGGGUAACACGUGUCUGCACGUGGCCGCCUAUAGAGGACACAAGGCCAUGGCCGUGCUGCUGCUGGAGAAUGGCAUCGACACGACCAUCAGGAACAGCCAGGGUCAGCUGGCGGUGGACCUGACCCGGGACGAGCAGAUGCGCCAGGUGCUGGGCGUGCUGCCCGUCCGCCGGCUCCAGAGGACCGCCGUCCGCUGCGAGGGACCCCUGGUGCGCCGGCACCGCUUCACCGGCUGGAAGCCCGUCUGGGCGGUGCUGGAGCGCGGCGUGCUGACCUAUUUCGGGUGCCGGGCGGACGCCAGCAGCGGAGUACGCAGGAAGGAGUUCCGGUACCUGGACGGGGCGCGAGUGGCGGCCGGGGAGAGUCCAGAGGGAGCUACCAUGGUGCUGCAGUUUAAUAACGGCACCAUGCACCGGCUGAGGUGCGACGACGGAGACGACCGGGUCAGCCGGCAGAAGUGGAUGAACGCGCUGCAGGAGCACAUCGAGUUCAGCAGCUACUACAUCCGACAGGGUCCGGCCGGCCUGCAGGACCCCGACGAACAGGAGCUUCUCAAACCGCUCGGAUCCAUGCAGGACGCGAUGCAGUCGGCCAAGGCGCAGGAGCAGCUGCUGCGGGAGCACCUCCAGCAGAUCACAAUGCUGCUGAAGGCCGUCCAGGCGGGUCAGGAGACCGAGCCGCACACACUGCUGCUCCUAGAGAAGCUGCAGGCGACCAGUGACAGCGCCAACCACAUGGUCACCAGCCUGAGCCACUGCCUCGCACUCUUCACACAACAGGAGGAGGUGCGUCAGCUGCAGGUGCGACAGGAGCGCGAGCGGUGCCGCGUGCUGGAGCAGUCGCUGCACGUGCUGGCCACGGAGCACCACCAGCUGGAGCUGACGCUGCAGCAGAGCCUGGCGCUGGAGACGCCCUCGGCCGCCGCCGACCGCCUCCUCGACUGCACCGUCACAUCCGAGGAUGAGUUCUUCGACGCCGACGAUGAUGACACGGGCGACGACUUGACGCUGACGAGCUGCAGCACCCCGUCGGGCAGCACCCCGCCGACCCUGAACGGCAGCAGCGGCACUGGCCGGGACGACUCGCUGCUCUCCCUGCAGUCUGCCGGCCGGGACGACUCGCUGCUCUCCCUGCAGUCUGCCGGCCGGGACGAGUCGCUGCUCUCGCUGCAGUCUGCCGCCUCCUCCCUGACAGUGGUGUCUUCAGAGGGAGGACGGUACCGGCGGCCACGCGCCCGCCUGCCGAGGACAGUCAGCCGACCGGCGCCCGGACCGGGCAGGACGCGUCUGCCGCACGAGCAGGUGACCUCGGACAACUUCAGCGUGUGGUCGGUGCUGAAGAGCGCCGUCGGCAAGGAGCUGACCAAGAUCACCAUGCCGGUGGUGUUCAACGAGCCGCUGAGCUUCCUGCAGCGUGUCUCCGAGUACAUGGAGUACGCGCACCUGCUGCAGGCCGCCGACCGGGAGGCGGACAGCGUCAGCAGAAUGCAGUACGUGGCAGCGUUCGCGGUGAGCGGCCUGGCCUGUAACUGGGAGCGGCUCGGCAAGCCGUUCAACCCUCUUCUUGGCGAGACGUUCGAGCUGCACCGCAGCGGCUUCAGAAUGGUCUGCGAGCAGGUCUCCCACCACCCGCCCGUUUCGGCCUUCCACGCCGAGGCGGACGACGUGUUCCGGUUCCACGGCUCCAUCCAGCCCAAACUGAAGUUCUGGGGCCGCUCGGUGGAGAUCCAGCCGCGCGGAGUGCUCACCGUCGAGCUGCCAGGUCACGACGAGGUGUAUACGUGGAGUAACGUCAACUGCUGCGUACACAACGUCAUCGUGGGAAAACUGUGGAUCGAGCAGUACGGCACCAUGGAGAUUACCAACCACCGGACAGGCGACACGUGCAGUAUACGAUUCAAGGAGGCCGGCUGGAUCCACAAGGAGCUGCACAGGCUGGAGGGAUUCAUCUACGAUAACACAAAGACGAAGCAGCGGUUCCUGUACGGCAAAUGGACCGACUUUCUGCGCAGUGCCGACAUGCAGUCGUACGAGGAGUACGAGAAAAACAACGCCGGAAACAACAGUCGGACUGGUACAGAGACCGACUCGAAGACGGCGCCGGGGUCGGCGCAGGGUCCGCGCGGCAUGCUCUCCAUGCUGAACAGCAUCUCCGUGUCACCGUUCAAAGCUCAGAAUGAGGCGCCGGCGGAGUCUCCGUCACAGCCCGAGGACGGCGCCGGCGGCGUGCCCCGCUGUGCCUCAGACUACUCCAUCGACGUCCCCAACAGUCUCACCCUGUGGGAGGCGGACCCGCGGCCGGCCCACUCCCACAAGUACUACCACUUCACGGCAUUUGCCAUGUCGCUGAAUGAGCUGGAGCCCGGCAUGGAGCUGUGUCCUACCGACUGCCGGUUACGGCCCGACAUUCGCGCCCUGGAGGAGGGUAACCUGGACCUGGCCGCCUCCGAAAAACACCGGCUGGAGGAGAAGCAGCGCGAGACGCGCAAGAUCCGAGCCAAGCGCAAAGAGGAGUGGGAGGCCAGGUACUUCAAGCGGUGCAGCAACCCGCACGUCAAGGUGGAGGACUGGCUGUUCACGGGUACUUACUGGGACGAGCGACUGGAUGCGGCGAUCGACAUCUUCUAGACCGCCGCGGCCGCCAGUGUGUGAGUGUGCGGGCGUGUAGGCCACCUCAGUAGCUGCCAGACUGCUCGAUACGCCAGUGGCGCCCGCUUGCUCGUUCUGCCGCCGGCCCCAGUGCAAUGAUUCACCGAGAGUGGGCUGUUUCUCUCAUCGGUGUGUGGGGCGUUGAUAAAAGAAGAGGAAGGAAAUCACACUAGACCAUCAAUGUCCGUUCGUCAUAGUCGCAUCUCUGGGUCUGUGAGAACAUCGUGUCGGGAGCGAACGGGUGGGACGGGAUAGAACGUCACUCACUGAUCAAACAAAUCGAGCAGUAUGAGAGAUGAUCUCAUGGUCACCCCAGGAUCUCUCCGCCGCGCUGGUCAGAUACCUAUCUAGAUACCCAGUGGCUGGUUCCUAGCUCGGGUUAGUCCUGAGCAUUCCCGAGCUACUGGACGGCUGGCUGGGCUGGCUGGUCAGCGCCGGAGACGCACCCGGGUGGCGGCGGUCUGAAUCUCGGUCUAUGUGCGGGUUUCGGAAGGUCUACGGAUGGUGCGAGCAUUGCCCACCCUUGGAGACUGACGGAGGUCGGGCUUUCCUUCGUUUGCGGGCGGUAUAAUCGCGGAGGCUCCGUCUGCUCGCUGGGUCUAGAUGGACGGGUUGGAAUGGUUCGGAGCCGGGGAAUACGGUUGGGGCGGGGAUGGGGUACCCAAUGGUGCUACAAGGAUCAUUCCUCACCCUCGCUGAGUGCGUGGCGCCUGGUGAUGGCGCCCUCAGCCGUGCGGGGAGUGUGACCGUCGCAGCGGCGCGCCUCGGCGCCAUGAACCGACCUCGGCUGUUGUCUUUCUGAGCGGAUCGGGGAGAUGUGCUGCCCUCCCGAUAGUGCUGAUAUGUAUCCAGAUUUUAUAGUAUUGGAUGGUCGCCAUCUACCGGAAUAGCGCCACAUGAACCUACGAUUAUGUUCCAAUAGUCUAAUGCGUGUGUACGCUAGCCAAUGUUUUACCAUGCGUACACAUUUUAGAUCUGUAUUUGAAUACGUCUAUUUGUGUGCGACAAUCCUAUGUUUGUCGGCGUUGUUGCGUUUCGCCUGUGCGUCAGGGUAAUACUGUUGCAAUGGAGAGGUAUGGUUUGCACGUGGAACAAUAUCGAGCCAUUCCAUGCCUCGUGGCUAUUUACGACGCCCAACUGAGGCGCUGUUAUCAAUGUGUAGUGUGUGCGAAAUACAUGCCACCCUUAUGAA